UUUGGAGACGCGUUUUCAGCUGUCAUUCCGCCAUCGAAAGGUGGUCUUGUGUGAGGAGGAAAGUCGCUUUUCUCCCCAGAAAAAUGCUGAUUUUGUGAUUCUCCCUAGUGAUAGACAAGUGCGAAGGCAGCGGAAAUGACGUACAACUGGUGGGAUUGCAGUGAAUUGAUCGAGAAGAUCGAGGAAGAUGCGGCUUUGCAGGCCAAAGCUAAAGACAUGUGUACAGAGCUGUGCCGCAAGGCCUUCAGCGUCACGGAGCUGGUGGAGCGAUUGGGGCCACUGUUGACGUCACAGAACACAUCUCAUCGCUCCCGGACAAUGGAUCUCUUGUCGGCGAUUCUGCAGAAUCUGCCCGGAAACUUCCUGUCCGGCGCCCAGUUGAAGUUCGUCGUGGCCUUCUACGUGGACAGGACGAAGGAUCAUCACUCUGUGGUGCCGGCAAUCUUGACUGGGACACUCGCGAUGGCACGAAUGACGCACAUUCCGGAGGAUGACUUCGUCACGCUCUUCCUCACGCUCAUCGGCGGCUCUGUGACGUGCCAGAGCCAGACCAGGUCCGAUCGGGAGACUUUCUACGAGAUUAUCGAGCACACGUGCCUGGCGCACACGACCAAGCUCACCGCUGUCAAGGAUGCACUGCUGCAGGGCGUCAUCGCGACGCUGGAGGGCGAGCGUGACCCGCGAAACCUGCUGCGCAUCUUCACAUUCAUGCCAAAGGUGCUGGAGCUGUAUCCACUGGAGCACUGGACUGAGGAGAUGUUCGAGGUGUUCGCCUGCUACUUCCCCGUGGACUUCUAUCCGCCGGCCAACGUCGCCAAUCCGAUCACGCGCGACCAGCUGGCGGAGAAGCUCCUCAUCUGCCUCACCACGUGCAAGGACUUCGUGGAGUUCUGCAUUCCGCUGGCCGUGGAGAAGCUCGAGAGCCAAAUCAAGGUGUCGAAGAUGGAUUCACUGCAGCUCCUGGCCAAGUGCGCCACUCUGCACGGCGCCGAAGCCUUCGCUGAUGCCUUUCCCAACGUCUGGCUGAGUCUCAAGGUGGAACUCCUGCCCGGUGUCAAUGAGGAAGUCACCGCGGAGACUCUGUCCACCAUCAGAUCAAUACUCGCGGCGGCGGAAGCGUCUGAGAGUCUGACGGAAAAUCUCCUGAACGUUAUUCUGCACUCAAUCACGAUCUCUCUCUGUGACACGAAGCUGCGGCUCUUCACGCCCGCCUGUCGCAUUGUCACGACGUGUGCACGCAGCAAUUCGCACGCCGCUGCCUGCGUGGCCAACAAACUCCUGCCCAUGUUCCUGUCGCAGCUCGAAGACGACACGACUGAUGGCCAGAAGACGAUCAUCCUGAAAUUUGUGACUGAACUCGUGGGUAUCAGCAGAGAGAGCGCCGUCCUGACGGCCGUUGAAGCUGGAACGCGUGAGAAAGUGCAGAAGAUCUUCGUGGAGUGUCUGAAGCAGGACAAGGCGUCCCAGGAACUCGCCUUCAAGGGACUAAGUGAACUUGCAGAGUUACUGGAGGCCUCAGAGAAAGAGAUUGUCUACCAAAAUCUCCUGCAAAAUCUCCAAGACGGCAUUGAUGUGAGCAUGAAAGCCACAAUUGAGAGAUUCGCGCAGUGUCACGAGGUGGAAUUGAGGGAAAAGGUCGUGCUGAAGCUCUUGCAGAAUGAUUUUCUCCAGCCAACGAAUGCCAGAGCAGUUUUCCGCUGUAUCGUGAGUCUUGUGUGUGUUUGGCCCUCUUCGGACAUCCUCUACAGAUUCCUGCUGGACAGCAUCUUCACGGACUCCCGGACGGAUGUGAAACUAUUGGCGCUCCAGAGUGUUGAGGAAUUGCUGACAAACUCCAAAGACGCCACCAUUUCGCAGAACUUCAUUUCAACCCACGCAAUCAUCGAGCAGUGCAUCGACUUCUUGCGCCAAAGUCCCGUUCUUCCCGUGGAAAUUCUCACGACCACAUCGCAAGUGCUGAAGCUCUGCACACGGACGCUGAACAAGGAUCAGCAGGGCGACAAUCUCAGGCGCUUCCUGCCCGAUUUGGCGCCGCACAGAGGCAAUGAGUUGUUCCUCUUCGACGGCCUGAUAGCGCAACUCUGUCCGGACGUGGACAUUUCGGCGCACUUCCACCACAUCACGAAGGACCUAAUUGAGCACGCGGUGGAGAUCUCUCGCGGUGAGAUCAGCGCCAACUCGAGCGUCCACCUCGAGGUUUGCGACGCACUUCUCUGCUCUCUCUUCAACCGCACCGUCUUGGAUGUCGUGUUCGAGGAGACACUCAGCCAGUCCGUGAACUAUCUCAAUCGCCAGAUCGAGGUGAACUUCCUGGGCGUGCGGACGUUCGCGUGGAUCCUCAAGGGUCUCCUCGCGAAGAACCACCGAAAGGCAUCGUCGCUCAUCAAGGACUUCACGGCGCUUCUCCACAUUGAGCGUCUGCAGGAAGACGUUCUGGUUGGCUUUCGUGUGCUGGCAAAAUCCUCCGAAGACAUCAAUUUGCCAAACAUUAAACCACUCUAUAAGCAGAAACUCUUCGAAUUGGUGCUAAAAAGCAUGACGACGCAGGACAAGUUCAGCGCUCAUCAGUUGGCGGCGCUGGCGGAAAUCCUGCUGCAUCUGCCCAUGAAGGUGAUCACGAUAAAUUUACAGCGAAUCGGAGCGAUUCUCUUUCAGUGUCUGGAGUGCGAGAAGAGUGACACGCUGCGCAUCACGCUGACGCUCAUCAAUCGUCUACUGUGCGAGGAGAGUGACUUCUGUCGCUAUCAUCUUCAGUCGCUCAUUCCGCGCUGUCUUCAGCUCAGCGUCUGCAAGCAAUCGCUGAGAGUUCGACUGACCGCUCUUGAAUUCCUGCUCACUGUCACGAAGAAGUACGACACGGUUCUUCUGCUUCCCUUCAAACAGGACGUCAUCUUCGGCCUGCAGCCCGUGUUGGACGACCACAAGCGAAUUGUGCGCACAGCGGCUGUGAAGGCGCGCGCUGCGUGGUUUGUUUUCGACGCCUCGAAGUCUUAAUUGCAAGAAGAGAUGUUAUAGUUGUUGAAGAUAUUGUAUAUGGACGAAAUAUAUACUUAAUGAAUUUACUGAA